GUCACUGCUGUUUGUAAACAGAUGGUGACAGUGCAGACCAUGGAUGUAUUAAAAUAAGGCUGCAGACCCCUUCUCCUUCAGCCCGUGCAGCUCCCCUCAGCCCGGGCACGCUCUGCACUAUGGCCCGCUGCGAUGACGAGCCGGAGGUGAUAGAGCAGCACACAGAGGAGGACAUGGAGAAGACGGGAUCACGCAUCCCCUCGGGCCGGGUGUCAGAAGUUAUGUCCCCGGACGAAUCUGUGGGCCCCGGCAGCAGCCAGUCCUCCCACAGACUGCUGGCCUACAGCGACGCGCUCAUCUCCAUCAUAGCCACGGUCAUGAUCCUCCCUGUGGCCCACACUCCAGUGGAGAGCAGCGAGGAGCUGAGGCAGAGUCUGCAGGUGCUGCUCUCGACAAAGAUCGCUGUGUACCUCAUGACAUUCCUCAUCGUGUCCAUGGCCUGGGCAGCUCACAGCAGACUGUUCCAGGUGGUCGUACGAAUAGAUGACUACCUGGCACUUUUCAACCUGAUGUGCAUGAUGCUCAUCACCCUCCUGCCCUAUACUUUCUCUCUGAUGGCGGCCUUCCCCGAGCACAUCCUGGGAAUCCUGCUCUUCUGUAGCUGUGUCAUGGUCAUCGGGCUAGUGCAGACUGUGAUCGUGCUCUACGCCUUCAGUCGGCCACACCUGCUCCACCCUCAGCUCCAGGGCAGCCCAGACUUGUCCAACUACCAACACCAUAUCCUCCGGGUGAUCCUGCGGGUCCCGCUCAUGUGUCUGCUGGCCAGCCUGGUUGCAUCCGUCUGCUUUCAGCUGUCCUAUGUGCUGUUGGCCAUUGUGAUUUUCCUGCCUUAUAUCUCCCGCUGCCUGCAGUGGGUCCGGAGCAAGGCCUUGGGCCCGGUGGAGGAGUCUCCUGAGGAGCUGCUUCUGUACUCAUUCCUGCCUCAUGAGCCUCUGAGUAAAGAGCGUCUGGAGGCGUUCAGUGAUGGAGUAUAUGCCAUCGUAGCCACGCUGCUCAUCCUGGACAUCUGUGAGGACAACGUCCCAGACCCCUCGCUGGUCUCUCAGCGCUUCAAUGGCAGUCUGGUGUCAGCUCUGAGCUCCUAUGGCCCUGAGUACCUGGCGUACUUCGGUUCCUUUGUCACUGUGGGGCUCCUCUGGUUUGUACAUCACUCUCUCUUCCUCCAUGUAACCAAAGUGACGCGCCUCAUGGGUCUGCUCAACUCCUUCUGCCUGGCCUUUGUGGGCGGGCUGCCACUAGCAUACCAGCUAACACACGAGUUUCCCCGGCACUCGCAGAAUGAGCUGGAGGCCAUCCAGAUCAGCUGUGUCAUCAUCUUCUUCGCGGGACUGUUCCAGCUGUGCAUCUGGGUGGUGGCCCUCUACAACCAGCACGAGUGUCUGCAGCCCAGUGUGCGCUAUGGGGGCCGUGAGCACCUGCUCAUGCUGGCUAAGCUCUGGCUCUACCCCUGUGUGGCACUGGGCACCUUCCUGCUCACCUGUGUGCUCAGCCAGUUCAGUGCACCCAUUUUCCACCUGAUGGAGCUCACCGUGCCCCUGGCCUUUCUGCUGCUGCGUCUGCUCCUGAACCUCCUGCUGGCCCUGGUGCACCUGCUGCUCCAUCAGCUCCGCUCCUUCUCUUCUGAGGGGGGCUCCACGCCGUCCUACAUCGCUGUGGACACUUAGCCUCAAAGCAUGCAUUUAACCCAGUGCUCAUUUUCUGAUCCUAGUACAUUUCCUCCUCACACUAAGCCAUAGAGAAAUGUCCAUUAUUUGCCUGGUAUACUUGUAAAUAUAACUGUCCAUAGUCUAAUAAAUUUCUUUUUUUCUGU